GAACACCAACGCGUUUUCAUCAUUCUCAUUCUACAUCUCUGUAAAAGCAUCGGAAGUUCGAGAUUAGAUCUUUGAAGACUCAUUCCGAUCAAAUGUCAACGGCAACGUCGGAAUCAACCGCCGCCGGUUGCCGCAGCGGCCUUGAUUUUGAAGAAAUCGAGCUCACCUUAGGUUUACCAGGCGAAUCACGAGAUAGAAAGUCCGGAAUGAAACGAUAUUUUUCAGAUGUGAUUGAUUUGAAACUAGGUAGCUUUGAAGAUCGAGAAACAGAUAAAUCCGAUGGCAAAUGCUCGGAUUUGGACGCCGGAAAACCUCGCUCAAAGGAGCGAGUGGUGGGAUGGCCGCCGGUGCGAUCGUACCGGAAGAACAUAAUGAAGAGUAACUGCAAAUACGUAAAGGUGGCGGUUGAUGGUGCACCGUAUCUGAGAAAAGUAGACCUAGAAUCAUACACAGGUUAUCAACAGCUUCUUUGUGCUUUCGAAGAGAUGUUUUCCUGCUUCACGAUCCGCAAUGUGUUGAAUGAGAAGAAGAUGAUGAAUCAUGUAAAUAGAUCAGAGCAUGUUCCAACGUAUGAAGAUAAGGAUGGAGAUUGGAUGUUAUUUGGUGAUGUUCCAUGGAAGAUGUUUGUUGAAACAUGUAAGCGGAUAAGGUUAAUGAAAAGCUCGGAGGCUAUUAACCAUCUAGCCCCAACUACACUUGUGAAAUGUUGGACCCCAAGUCAUUGAAGAAAAGUGUUGGUUUAAUUUGUCAGGAAGGGCCGGGUAAUAUGUGUAAUGCAUUAAUGUCGUCUUUUGAAACAUCUUUUUGCUGAUUUAGCUCGAAGGAGAGCAGUCUGCUAAGAUUUUAUAUUUGUAGAGGAAAUAUAUUAAAAACACAAUAUAACAUUAAUUAGUCGAUGUUAUACACGUGAGGUUUUCGUUUUG